UUCUGUCGUCCUUCCAAUCUCGGCUACCCCAGUCAGUGCAGCGGCACGACCACCCCCUGCUCUACGAGAAGGAAAGUGUCUCUCAUCAAAGCCCUCCGGGUUGAAGCACACAGCCGCGCUCCACUGCCGUGGAACCGGGGAUGAAAGUUCAUCUCAUGUGGGGAAGGCGACGCUGACGGCCCAGCAAGGGUAUAUCUCUGUUGAUAUAAUCCAGGGGCAGAAGGAGGCACGAGCACUGGUGUUCGCAGCACGUCGGGUCCAACGCUCUGACCGUGAUGUCGACCGAAGCGUCCUUCGUAAGCAGGUCGAAGACUGGCCCAGCAUCGCGAGAUCAAACAGUGUUGUACCAGACGAUUCUCUUGCGACCCAACCCAAGUCUCGUAGGCCUCCUUUCGCAAUUAGACCCGAGUCGGCACCGCCAUUCUCCUGGACCGGCCGGGUGUCUAUGCAGUCUAAGCGUUGGGCGCAAUGAGUGGAGGAUCACGGGGCAUUCGAUGGCCGGCAGUCACUUGCCCGAGCUCCUCCGUGUUGGAGCCGGCAGAGCACGGGAGCCGAUGUGUGCCAUGUCCUCGACUCCUGCAAGCGUCACCACGAUCUGCUGCAGACGUAUAUUCGUUGGAUCGCGCAGCGCCUUGCGUCAACUUCGUUGCUGGCAUAUUUGCCCGGUAUCAUUGGCCAGCGUUGUUUCAAAAGCGGCAAAUCUCUCGUCGCGAUGCUCGAAAAGUCUUGCGGUUUGGAUCCGGCGAGAUCAUCGUCGCUGCCCCUUGUGAUGUGUGCCAUAUCUCUGUCCGUGGAUACCUUCUAGUCAAAAUAAAGCAGCCGACGCCUUGUCGGGCUGUGGGCGAGGUGCUCAAAUGGAGAGAAUAGCAGUCGAAAAAAUCGCUGUCGAAAGCCCCAUGGACGUCGCGGCUGCAAUAUUGUCGUUGACGAUGAAGGCAUGAGUUGGCACGUUGCCGUCAUCAAAUGCGGGUGAGAGG